AUGGCAGCAUUUAAAGGAGUAUGGACACAACAAUUUUGGAAAGCAGUCUCUGGAGAAUUUGUGGCCAUGGUCAUGUUUCUACUUUUUAGUCUUGGAUCAACAAUCAACUGGGGUGCGGGAGACAGUCUAGAGAGAGUAGAUGUUGUACGUAUCUCUCUUUGUUUUGGGUUCAGCAUUGUUACCGUGGUGCAUUGUUUUGGACACAUUAGCGGUGCUCACAUCAACCCUGCAGUCACUAUUGCAUUUGUAUGCACCAGGAAGAUAACGCUUGCCAAGGCAGUAUUCUACAUUAUUGCUCAAUGCUUGGGUGCUAUCUCAGGAGCCGGGCUUCUAUACCUUAUUACACCUUUAAAUGUAAUUGGCAACCUAGGAGUAACCAAGGUGAAUGAAAGCCUUUCAGUUGGUUGUGGACUUCUUAUAGAGCUUAUAACUACAUUUCAAUUGGUUUUCACUAUUAGUGCAGCCUGUGAUCCAAAGAACAAGAAUAAACAGCCAUUGGUAAUUGGAAUUUCUGUAAUGAUUGGACACUUGUUUGCAAUUAAUUACACUGGAGCUAGCAUGAAUCCUGCUAGAUCCCUAGGACCUGCUGUCAUUCUUUGGAAAUGGGAAAACCAUUGGAUUUACUGGAUCGGUCCAAUUAUUGGAGCAGUGUGUGCUGGAGCAGUUUAUGACUACAUUUAUUGCCCUGAUGUUGAACUCAAACAGCAUAUAAAGGAUGCACUUAAAAAUGCUACACAAAAAACAAAGGGAAAAUACACAGAAGUAGAUGAAGAAAGAAGCCAACUGGAUACCGAUGACCUAAUCUUGAAAACAGGACCAAUUCAUGUUAUUGAUAUUGACCAGCUUGAGAGAAAAAGAGGGAAAGACUCAGCUAGUGAAAUAUUAUCUACUGUUUGAAAUAUGUAAUGCAUGCUUAUGGGAUAAAACAAAAUGAAUCCAUUAGAAAAAAGCUCUAAAUUAUAUUCUAAUGAUAAUUUUGGUCCACAA